AUGGGAGGCAAAGGCUCAAAAUGCUGCAAGAACUCGGAGAGUGAUCCGCUGAUCGACGCGAGCGGCAGGAGCGUCAGGAGCGUCUCCUCGGACGGCGGGCACACCCCCGAGAGGAGGUCGCCGAGCCCGUCGUCGAACAUGUCGAUGGGACGCCGGCACGCGCACCCGCCGCGUCGCGGCAGUCAGGACGACGCGGACGCCGACCCCGCGUUCCGAACGCCGCCGCGGCGGAGGCGGAAGCGCGACAAGGACGACCCACCGGACGACCCGAACCCCGCCAUCUUCUACGCGUCGUCCACGAAAUUGUCCAAGCCGCGACGCAAGACGAGCGUCCGCGGCGAGCUCGAGGAGCGCGCGCGCGCGAACGCGGAGCUCGAGGCGAUGGAGGAAGGCGCCGCGUCGCAGUCGCUGCACGAGGAGGAGGAGGACGAGGAGGGGGAGGAAGGGGACGGGCGCGGCGUGACCGGGACGAUUGUGUCGUUCUCGCCGUCCGCGGCGACGUCCGGGUCCCCGAACUCGCGCGACGGGCAAUCCGCGGCGGGGAGCUCGCGCGGAAGACGACGGACGCGCGCGGGGGAGGAGCUCGUGUUGCUGCAUUCUCACGGCGGAUCCUACGGCGCCGCGGACGACGACGACAGCCCGUCGUCUACCAAGGCGUCGCACGGGGGUAGAACGCGCUCGCCGAAGCGCGGCGUCGCGGAGCGCGGAAAAGCCGCCGCCGCCGCGUUCUGGUGGAAGAGAAACGCGUGCGUCGUCGGCGCGUGCGUCGUCUUCGCGCUGGUCGUCGCGCUCGCGGUCGUCCUGGCGAUGACGCUGGGCGUCGUCGGCGUGGACGCGAGCGGUGGCGGUGGACGCGGCGCGGGGUGGGGGGGGGGGCGGGACAGCCGCGGAGGGCGCGGCGGCUUCGAACCCCGACGGGAUAGGCACGCGUAUAGAAGUUAG